UAUACAUAGCGCUUGAAAUCGCUGUCAGUAGUAAAUUAGCCAGCAAUACAACUCAGUCAAAAUCAUCUCUCGGUAUAUUGUAUUGAGGUUCAACAAUAGUGAAUCAUUUAUGUAAUGUUGCCGAUUAUGCGCAGAAUCAAAGUUGAUGCCGGAGAAGUAAAGUUGAUACUGGUGAUGUUAAUGGCGAUUCAUGUUGUCGCCAAACCUUGCAUUUUCACGUCGCCCUUGACGUUACAAUUGCUAUUGGAAUACGCAGAAUGGCGAGCUUGGGACCAAGUGGUGCUUUUCGAUAAUGUCAGCCCGUUUAAUUGUCCUCUUAAUUACGCUCGCCCGUUGAUCGAGUGCUUCAGUGAAAGAGGCAUCAGCGUGUCUCUACAAUCGGCGACGAAUCCGAAUAUACCGGACGCUCUUACAAUUCGAACGCAUCGCGUCGGCUCGAUCGUGCUUUUGGACGGACUUAAUCUGACUUCAUCUGAUAAUAUUAUCCAAAUGGCUUCCCAGAAAUUCCUGUUCAACUAUUACAUCUCCUGGCUUAUGGUGACCACAAGAAGAAACGAUUCUACGAUCGACACCGUUCUUCGAGAUCUAAAUAUUGGUAUCGAUAGUGAUGUAGUUGUGGCUACCUCGCCACUACCGAAUGACACUGUUGCUUGGAUAUAUGCUCAGAAAUAUCGAGACAAGAUAUGUCGGUCCCUUCGACGAUACGGCGAUCGCUUCGAGUUCACGGGACCGUCGGAGCGGCGCAACGUCGAGAACGCCACGACCAAUUUGAGCCACGCCACUGAGGAGAAUCGCACAGUGUCGUUCUACUUGAUGCAUACCUACAAAUUACGCCACUCCGACAACACGAGUCUAAUCGUCCGAUAUCUCGGUUUCUGGAAUCCGGAGUCUCACACCCUCAAGCUGCCGAUAAACGUGAAGCUCAGAAGCGAUUUCAACGGCCUUCCCAUUGUCUUCGGAGUGUUGAACGGUACCAGCGACGGGCAGACGGACGUUACCGAAUCGGAGGCUACCCCCAACGAUAUCGCACCGCUUUUGGACUUUGCUACCAUUGUCACGAAUAGCGUGAACGCCAGCAUCGAGCUCGUAACACACGAAAAGCUUGGCACGUUAACUAAUAAAGUAUGGAGCCAUCUUCUCGGCGAUGUUGUGGCCGGCACCGUCGACAUCGGUUUAGGAUAUAUAACGUCGAACGACGAGGAACGUUGGACGGAGAUGACAUUUAGUCAUCCUUUGAUUCGUUACAUGAGAAAUAUUUAUUACCAUCCAUUGGAGACCGGCACGAUGAGAGAUAUAUUUCUGCAACCGUUCGACAAUCGAUUGCUCGGCUGCGUCGCGGCGACAUAUCUCAUCAUGUUGAUCGCGAUGGCGACAGUUAUUUACGCGGCUAAAACGCUGUUGCAUGAUGAGGAUGAGAAACACGUCGGGAUCGGGGAAUCUGCACUUUGGUGCUUAAGUAUCAUGUGCAUGCAAGGAUCACCCUGGACGCCUCGAAGCCCGUCUGGAAAAACUCUGUUGUUAUUCAGUUUAAUAUUCUCCCUCGUGAUGUAUAACGCUUACGCCGGCUUCAUCACGUCCAUAUUAUCGGUGCAGGCUACUGGAAUCAAAUCGAUCACCGAUCUUCUCUUUAAUAACUUUAAGCUAGGAUACAGUGCAGCCGAUGAUACAUACAUAAGAAAUGCGAACGACAGCAAUCUCCGUCAGUUGUACAUAAAGGCGUUCAACAAUCGCGAAUCCCGCCUGGAGACGAGAACCGGCCUCAUGAAAGCUGUCAAGGGACGAUACGGGUUCUUCGUUAGCGCGACUCUCGCACGGCGAGCCCUCAAAACAACCUUUAUACAGGAACGAUGCGUCUUGAAAGAGUUGCUGCUUCCGCAAACGCUUACAGUCGUCGCUCUUCCCAUGGCCAAGAGUUGCCCGUACAGAAAGAUCAUCAAUCUCAACAUAUUGCGGAUAUGCGAACGCGGCGUCCUGGACAAGAUACAGGAACGGAUGCUGCCGACGAUGCCGCGGUGCGCGUCCUCGGCGGCUUUCAACAGCGCGAGGCUCGCCGACGUCUACUCCGCGUUCUUUCUCCUGGUGGCGGGUAUGAUUAUCGCAAUUUCCAUCGGCAUCUUCGAAAGGAUAUGGAACAAGCGGAGGCAGAUGCGGGAAACUGUCGUGCGCCGCAUACGCAAGCACAAUCUAAUACCGCAUCUUCACUUCCAUCAUCAUCAUCACGACGGUGGUCGCGAUCGUCUCAAUGCCCGUCGCCCUACUCACCUUCACGUCGUUGCUCCGGCCGGAAAAUUACGCGAUCCCGCUUAUUUGGCCAUGCUGCAGAAUCACGCCCGUCAAGUGCAAUCGCUCGUCGGUUUUCAAGAACGCGACGUUUCUCCGGAGAAACCGAAAGGUCCCGCGCCCCACGAGCCGCGUUUGCAAGUGCGACGGAGAUCGGCGGGUCCCAAGAGAGCGUCCUGGUCUUCCUUCUCGGGCUUGCCCAAGAGGAAGAUGAGAACCGAGAAAAUUCCGCCGACCACAAACGCAGAAAACGUCUUUCCGUUUUGCGAUUAAGAUACCAUUUUACCGUCCCAGAUUUUUUUUUUAACGUGAUACUAGUCUCGCUAAUUUAGUCGUAAAAAUACUUUAGAUAACAGCUCUUACAGAUUUUGAAAUUAGUAUGACAAAUGUUUGCUUUUAUUCA